GCAAAAACGUUUGUACACUUUAACUCUGUGUAUUUACUCCAGUAAUAUAUCACUGUUUAUGUACAGUUUGAGUUUACGUCCUCAUUUUCAAACUUACAAUGAGUAAUCGAAAUUCCACGCUGGAUCCGUUACAUUUUGGUACAGUAAAGCCUGUCCUGGUUUGUGACCAGAAACGUCGUGCGCGGGCGAAUACUGGGCUUCCGGUUCGGAAGGAGUCGGACUCCCGGGAGAAUCAUGACCGCCGAAAGCUGCAGCUGAGUCGGCGGCACGCGCCCUGGAGAUCCAGUGAGGCACCACCACAUCUGGAAACUAAACCAGUGAUCCUGGACAAUGUGGGACAACAUGUGGAAAAGGCGACUACAGAUGACCCACCAAAGAAAGUCGACCAAUCCAUUAACCGCAACCCUCCAGAUUCCACAGGAGGUUGUAAGAGUUGGCCAGUUUGUCGUACGCAGGCUGGAAAACGAGCAGAUAUCGUUUCCCUGAGGAAGCAUCUGGGCCACGCCAGGCUUUUGUCAUCAGCAAUUAAGCGGGGCCAGAGCUACUUCCACCUCCUGCAGAAAGAGGAACAGGAAGAGCAGGAGAAAGUGGAGAGGCAGCGGAUGAGCAGGGAGGAGCAGCGGAAAACAGAGCCACGACCUCCCAGUUUCUCCUCUGACUCCGACAGCGAUUCAGAAGGGUGGCCUCUGCCUGCAGGAAACAGCUGGUCAGGUGUGAAUGAAGCCCGGCCACGCAGGAAGAAGAGCCAGUCAGCACGGCCUUUCACCCCUGUCCAUCACUCCCUGACCUCCCCUCUGCUGAGCCAAGCACCGAGGAAGGUCAUCUACCGCCAGCUCUGCUGUCUGAAUUGGCUGCUGGAGGCCUUGACUCUGGAUCGCUCCGGCAGAGUCGGCCCGCUCACCGCCUGCUGGGACCCCAAAGACCCUGGCCGAGGCAGGACCACGAUAAAGACGCUGAAAAAAGAAAGAGCCAUUGAGAACAAAUGGGAGCAGUUUGUUUCAACCAAGCCUCUGAGAGCUCAUCCCAGGCGCCCUCGCAGCUCCUCUGCUCGCCUCCACACCCACAGGGAGUCCUCCUUCAUGACUGGGGCCUCCCUCUCUGCCCUCACCCCCACCCCUGUGGGCAGCAGUGUGUCCUCUCUGGUCCCCGGUGCUGAGGAGGACACAGAGUCUCCAGGAGCACCUAGGGAGACAGACCGGCCUCCCUCAGAGUGUCUUUGCACACUGUCCGAUGACCAGAAAGUCAAGAAAGAGAGCCAAAGCUCACAAACCAGCAGCUGUCCUGCCAAGCCCCCGUUAGUCAUCAGCCAUCUCAUCAACAACAAGGCCAGCAUGCUACGGGAGCUGAAAAGUGCCUUUGACCAAAGGGUUAACGAGAUAUCUCAGAGCUACGUCGACAUCCUGGAGCUCAAAGCCAGGGAGAGGUUAAAUAGCGGUCUCCGGAGGUAUCGAGCCCUGUGUCACAUGACCGAAUCCCAUGGCCUUCCUCAUCAUGUGACCUGUGUGUCUCAAGAGACAGAGGCUCCAAACAAGAACAAUAAAACCAAACACAGCAACAAUAUGUGGCUGUCCACUCUGCUGAGCAACCUGCCUGAGGAGGUAUGUAGGGAGCGAGCGGUGAGCCGGGUGCUAGAGAAACUUAGUGGCUUUGCAAAGCAGCAGACCCUCAGGGUUCGACCUCAGAUCCUCCUGAAGGUGCUGGGGGGUCUGGAGCCGUGGGAGCUCUGUCUGCCUGAGCUGUGUGUGGCCAUCCAGAUUGCCACGGAGCAUGUGGUCCAGAUGCCCAGGGAGGAGUACAAUGCCUGGCUGUGUUCAAGGGUCACCCUGCCCCCACAAUACCACCGUGCCCCUCAAACACCAGGUGACCACACUCUUUUAAGACCUGGAGGAAGGAUACAGGCAUGGACAAAUAGAUGAAGGGAACAAAGGCACACCAGGGUUGUAAAUUAAAUGUGAGCUCAAGGCUGAAUAGCCUAAAAUAAGCCUUUAAAGUAAGAGCAAAGGUUGAUAAAAGUAGGAGUAAUUAUUUUGCAUUUCCACCUGAUCACUGUUCACUCGAAAGUAUUAAUGUUGUGCACCACACAGCCAGCAGCAGAGUCAACUUGAGACACAUCACUGCAUCAACAAUAAGUAACAAAUAACACACACACAAAAACGUGAAAGUUAGAAGACGUAAUUGUUAUUUUUUCAUAGUUGAAUAAAAAUUGGCCAAAGAAAAGGAAGGAUUAGACUAAAGGUCCAGGCUUUAUACCCUAAUAAGCACGUGGUCAUGCAUGUGUACAGGAUAAACAAUACAGGCACACACAAUAAGGGGGGAAGCAGGAAGUAGCACUGGUG